CUGCCGGUUGGAGAAAUAUAAAGUCUUGCUUUUGUUCAAAAAUAAAUACGUUUUAUAACCAAGAUUUUUUUUAUCUAUGAUAAAUUGUUCUAUUAACGCAGAAAAACAAAGUACUAAACACAAAGUAUCAAUUUUGGCCAGGGUUAGAGACUAUUGCAAUCACUAUAAAACGAAGAAGAACAUAUACAUUUGACAGAUAAUAAUCAAUUCAAAUUGUUAGGUUGGUUUAGUUUAUGUUAAGUAAAAAUAUUAUAAAAUGGAGGAAAUAAACGUUGAAGAAAUGGAUUUAUAUGAAAUAUUAGACAUAUCCCCCGGUGCAGAAAAUGUCGAUAUAAAAAAGGCUUACAGGAAAAAAGCAUUACAGUGCCAUCCAGAUAAAAAUCCUAAUGACCCUGGUGCUGCUAAAAAGUUUCAUCAGUUAUCUAAAAUAUUGGAAAUUUUAACUGAUCAAGGGGCUCGCGCGGCAUAUGAUAAAGUUCUAAAAGGGAGAAAAGAAGCUGCCGUACGACAUAAAGAACUAGAUGGUAAGAGACGAAAGCUCAAAGAGGAUCUAGAGGCAAGAGAGAGACAAGCUCAAAAAAAAGUAUUUGAUGCAAAAACAGCAGAUCAAAAGUUAAAAGAAGAAAUUGAGAGACUCAGGAAAGAAGGUUCAAGGGAAGUAGAAGAAGAAAUUCUUAAUGUUCUAAAUACUAUUAAUGAAGAAUGUAAUGCAAAAAAAUGUGAUGGUUCUAAUCACAGAGUUAAAAUUAAAUGGUCAGCUCUUAAAAGUGAUACAAAUAAUGGAGGAUACACACAAGAAAUGUUGCAUAGAUUUCUGUCCAAGUAUGGAGAUAUUCAAGGAUUAGUUGUUUCUUCUAAAAGAAAUGGAAGUGCCCUGGUUGAGUUUAGAGAUAAAAAUGCUGCUCAAAUGGCAGUUGAUUUUGAACUGGGAUUGUCACAAAAUCCCCUUAAGCUUGAGUGGGUCAACUUACCGCCAACGAGCAAGUCAAGCAAUUUGGUAAAAGACUCUGAUUUUGAAAGUGUAACAUUAAUGAAAUUGAGGCAAGCAGAAGAAAGAAAGAGACUAAUAGCGCAAAUGAUGGAGGCAGACAGGGAAAGCUAAGAAUUUAAAAAACUAGAAAUGAACAAGAACAAUUUGUUAAUAGUGUAGUUUUCAUUACUGAGACACAGUACUUUACCUAGAUGUUGGAGGUUAAAAGCUAGAUAGCCUUAUAUUUAAUCUGUUUUUAAUAAAAGUUUUUUAAAUGACUAUUUUAUAAAAUUGUAAUUGUAAUUUGCAAUUAUUUUUUGGAAGGGACUUCCAAAUAAAA